GCGUACCGUCUGGUUGAACUUUCACCCCUGCGUUUUCUUUUGUUUUGAUGUCGCAGAACAUUAUUUUCACCCACCGAACUUGGGUUUUUACUCUCCGCUUACCAAUAACACAGUCCUAAAUGACACACGGAGUAUGUUUCAAAUACGUCGAUCCAACUGUCGGUCAAAUGUAAAGCUCGUUUAAAAUCUAUAUUUAACAGAACCAGUCGUGCUAACUCGCUGACGUUAGCUGCCCAGCAUCAACAUGGAGCUUUUUCCAGUCAGAUUUCUCUAAUAUCUCGUUAAAGAACGGGUCGUCAGUCAGAACAACCGAGUGUGGUUUUGAAUUCUCUGACGCCCUUGAAAAGCCUGUUUGAUCACGUUUAAGACAGCAGAGGACGACGGUGUAGAUCUUUCAAUGGGCGAGGAGAAGCCAGAACCACUGGAUUUUGUGAAGGACUUUCAGGAGUACCUGAGUCAGCAGACCCAACAUGUCAACAUGAUAUCUGGCUCUGUCAUCGGAGUGAAAGACAGUGAUGAUCUCCAAGGAGAACUUGGUCAGAAUGGCCUGGAGCACCCAGCAGUGGACAUAUCCUUAGAAGAUAGUUCAGGGAUGGUGGUGGAUGGCUUUGAGAGAACAUAUGAUGGUAAACUCAAGUGCCGCUAUUGCAACUACGCCACCAGAGGCACUGCACGGCUGAUUGAACACAUUCGCAUCCACACAGGUGAAAAACCCCAUAGAUGUCACCUGUGUCCUUUUGCCUCAGCGUACGAACGCCACCUGGAGGCACACAUGCGUUCUCACACAGGUGAGAAGCCUUACAAGUGUGAGCUCUGCUCCUUCCGCUGCAGCGAUCGCAGUAACCUUUCUCAUCACCGGCGGCGAAGACACAAACUCCUCCCCAUGAAGGGCGCACGCUCCGCUCUCUCUCACCGAAAGAUGCUCAGUGUUUUGCAGAAGAGAGGAAACUCACUUGGUUAUGGCCGCCGGCUGCUCAUCAACCUCAGCCCACCAUCCAUGGUGUUGCAAAAGCCCAGCUCAGAGCAGCACCACUUGGGUGACUUCUCUCAUGAUCUCCCUCCUCACGCCCACCUCCAUCAGGAGGCCUAUAAUGGUCUAGGAAAGGAUGCACAAAGUGGAGUAAUUGGAAGUGGCUCCAGAGAGGAGCAAGACAUGGCAUUGGACAACCCGCUGAACCAGCUUUCGACUUUGGCCGGUCAGCUUGCCAGCAUUCCACCGGAAGCCCAAGGUGCACCAGUGUCUCCCGGAGCAGAAUCUCUACCAGACGAAAAACCCACAUUCCUCAUCCAACAGCCUGUGACGGCGCCUGCUGCCGUUUCUGUCAGCGCGGCUCAAGCUUCUUCUCCCAUCACCCCCGAGCCCAGACCGGCUGCGCACAGCGGCUAUAGCCCAGAAGUUGGACCCUGCAGCGAGAGAACCAGCACUCCCAGUGGUACCAACAGCCAGCCAGGGACGCCCACCCCGGUACAGGACCCCCAGAUGCUCCACCACUGCCUCCACUGUCACAUAUAUUUCCCUGACAACAUCCUCUACACCAUCCACAUGGGUUGCCAUGGUUACGAGAACCCUUUCCAGUGUAACAUAUGCGGACACAGGUGCAGAAACAGCUAUGAUUUUGCCUGUCACUUUGCAAGAGGCCAGCACAAAUAAGGACACAUGGGUAUUGAUGUCCUCUUCUUUGCCCUGUUUUACAUAAUAAUACAAUUCUAGUAUCUGGAACAUUCCAAAGACAAAAUCCCUGCUUUGUGAUUAUUGUAUUUGAACUGUUAUCAGUAUGUUAUGCUGAAGCAAAGACUAUAGAAUACCCAAGACGUGUCACUCGUAUAGUUUUGAAUGGGGAAAAAAUGCAACGCUCAAUAUGGCCGCUUUAUUGAAGGAAGGCCCACCUCCUGAGUAAAAGAGCUAAUCGGUAAAGUCGUCGCAUCCCUGCAGCUGCCGUUUGAAGUCCCAGUUGCUAUAGAAACAGUCAGCAUUCUGAGAC